AUGUCUGUUGCCAGCUCUAGCCAGGGUGCCCCAGCAAGUGACAGCUCUGGGUUCGGGGCACCUGAGCAGCUCCUGUGCCAGAAGUGUGGUGACCACACGUCGAUGGGACAAAGUGCAGCAACGGGCAGGAACCCGUUGCUGAGGGCAUGCAAUGCGUGUUUGGCAACGGACCGUUGGCUGGCCAGGAGCCAACAUAAGCCCAAGAGCGGCCGACCAGAGACGGAGGAGGAGAAGACAAGGCGAACCAAUGCCUGCAAAGUCAAGGAAGACCUGAAGAAGAAAACUCCUGAAGAGAAAAAGGCCUGGUACUUUGAGCAGAAGUCUGCGAGGGCAAUGGAGGACCACACCAAGAAGAGGAGCUUCUCCUCGGCUGUGGGCAGCGUCGAGGAGACGAGAGAGGCAUCGUCAUUGACUGACGAUAUCGACAAGUAUAUCCCCUUCAGGAUCUGGGCCCAAGGUGAGAUGGCAUUAAAGACCUAUGCCACCAUUGCGGAAGCCAAGCUUGCCUGGGACAAGCUCAUUGCCGACCCAACCACACGAACCAUGAAGCAGAAUGGCGAAACCCUCAUCUAUGAGUUCGGUGGCAUCGAGGUGCGGUCUCGUCAGGCCCAUGGAAUGAAGGCUGCCUUGAGACAGCGAAUGGACAUCGAAGAGCAGAAGGACCUGGAUGAGUACAACCAUGAAGCUGACAGCAGAGUUAAGAGGGCAAGGGCCAGACUUGAGGUAGAAAUGACUGCCAAUGCGGCGGCUGACGGCGACUCCCAGAACGUGAUCCCCCUCUUGCACGUUGCUCGAGACCUCGGUCACUUGAAGGAGCAGGAGGAGGCCAGAGACUUGGAACUCCACCAGCAGGCCUCGGACCUCCUGCAGCAGCGGAAGGCACAGCAAGAAGAAAGGAAGAAGAAACAGGAAGCACAGGGCAAGAGCCUGCCUUUGGAGAAGUUGGCCCUUGAUGCUGCUCGAAAGAAGGCCAGCCAGAGCAUGACCGACCUGGUUUUGCGGCAGCAGACAACCCUGAAAGCCAUCGAGCUCGACAGCGACAAAGUCAUUGAAACCGAGGGCGAUGACUUGAAGAAGGAGCGGGAGGAGAACAUCUGCAAAGUGCAGCAAGCCAUGGAAACCUUGGAGAAGAGCAUCCGUGAGAAGGAGAAAGAGUGGGAGAAUGCCCUGAAGGGUGACACCGUGGAUGCUGAAGAGGUUGCAAGACUGAGAGCUGCAGUGGCAGACUACAUGAAGGCCUUCCACACCAGCGACAGCGACGUGAAAGAAGUCAAGAACAGGAUUGCGGAACUCCGGAAUUGGGUGACGAAGACCAAGAAAGCAAUCAACGACAGAGAGAAGGCAGCCCAAAAAACUGCGGCUGGCAGGAGGAUGGCAAAAAUGGCCCAGGGCUCCUGCCUCAACUUGUUAGCUACGGCUCUGGCCAAGGAGUGCCACACCCUUGAAGCGUGUGGCAAGGUGCUGUACAGUUUCGCAGCUGAGCCACUCCUGAAGCAGUCGUUGCCUUGUGUGUUCGAAAGCCAGCGGGCGCAGAACUUGCUGAAGGCCGUGAGGGGUUUGGAGUACUACGACAUGCAGAAAGCGUGGGUCGCUGAGAAGAUGGCGUCAUCAAAGGCCACAGCAUGCUCGGCACUUAUCUCAAAGAAGGCAGUGGCGGCGAAAGUCACUGAUUUGGUGCGAAAGAGCUGGAGUGAGGUCACGGGCAACGAUGGCCUGAGGGGCUUGCCCGAUGACUUGUCGGACCUCUUUGCCGUCCAGUUCGGGCAGCGAGUCCAGCAAAGUGUCAAUGUCUAUUUGCGAACAGAGAUGAACUUGCCCAUGCUGCUGGUCGUGCUGGAAGGCUCCCUCAAGGUCGGCGGAUUCCCAUCGAAAAUGCUUGGUGAUGAAAGCCUUGCUGGUCAGCUCAAGAAGCUGGAGGCAAUGCCUGCCACACAUGUGACAGCGGAGGUUGCCAAAAAUGGCUGGGUGGUGAAACUCCAAGCGGGGGGAAGCGUCCUGGUUCCACCAAACACUUGUUGGUUCGAGUGGGCGGGAGCAGACGAGGACACUCACAGCAUCCGGCAGCUCAUUGCUCGGGAUGCUUUCAUUGGGCCCAUGAAAGAGUGGCUGCAGCAAAUGCGUUCGGAAGGGAGUGUGAGCGAGCAGGACAGGCUGCACAAGAUGCUCGAGUUCCUGCAAAAACAGCAGGAGCAGUGA